GAUCGGAGCACGGGCGCGCGCGUGGUGGGGGCGAUCUGCAAAAGACCUCCAGUAAAGCACCGGGCUGCAGGGGGCCGGCCAGAUCGGGGGGCCAAAGUACACUACUGGCUUGCAGCGGGGGCCGCCUUCUCAACUGGCAGGCCCUUACUGCGCCUGGAGCGGCCUCUGCGCACGAACGUCUCCUCCACCGAAACACAGGAGAGCCCUCUCGCGCGGUAUGUUGCUGAGCACGCGAGCAGCCACGUAGCGCAACCGGUGCGGCCCCCGACAUUGCAAACCCCCACCACCGCGCGCCCGCGCCGCGGGCGCUCGCUUCCAUCGAUCCUUGCGCGGGCCAGCCUGCUGCUGGCAAAGCCGGCCGCCAGCGCCUGGGCCCGCGCCGCGGGCCCAGGCGGAAACCAGAGGAGGACCCCACCGGGCCUCUCUUUGUUCGGUCGCUUCAUCUCGUCGCCGGGCCCGCCCAAGUUGCGCCCCAGGAUUGGGGGGGCUCUGUUGGGUAAGCCCGCAAGCAGAACUCGCAGCACGCAGUUGCUGUUGGCGCACCUCGGCGCUUUUAUGUUUCAGCGCCAGCCAGGCGGGCUCGUCAUCGUGGGCGCGCAUGUGGCGCCGCCGGUGUUGCUACGCCUCCCCAGCUUGUCAGAGGUUGCGCCGCACGGGGAAGUAGCCAAGCGGAAAGUCGAGGUCGAGGACAAUGCCCCUGGUCUGUUUUGCAGUCGUCCGCAG